CACCACCACCACCACCCGCCCCCCCCGCGCGCCGCCCUGCUGCUGAGCCCGACCUCCAAAAAAGCGGAAAGAAUUACUGAGAGUCAUAGCCCAUAAGCCCCUCUCACUCGUUCCCCCCAACCCUCCACGAAGCAAAGGACACAUCGGCCCCGGUCCCGGCGGUGCCCAGGAAAAGGAGAACGACCUCCGCUCGGCUCGCAGGAGACACCGUGGAGGGAGAAGCCGCCCCGCGGCCGGCACGCAGCCCCGCCGCGGCGGAGACCCGAGUGAAGUCGUCUGGAGCCCAGGGCUGCCCGCCGUACGUUUCCUACCUCUCCCCUCGACUUGUGCACGCACCUGCGCUGAUUCUCUGCCUAGGAGACGACCAUGCAGCUGGAGAUCAAAGUAGCCCUGAACUUCAUCAUCUCCUACCUGUACAACAAGCUGCCCCGGCGCCGGGCAGACCUGUUUGGCGAGGAGCUCGAGCGACUCUUGAAAAAGAAAUAUGAAGGCCACUGGUACCCCGACAAGCCACUGAAGGGCUCUGGCUUCCGCUGUGUCCACAUUGGGGAGAUAGUGGACCCCGUGGUGGAGCUGGCCGCCAAGCGGAGUGGCCUGGCGGUGGAGGACGUGCGGGCCAACGUGCCCGAGGAGCUGAGCGUCUGGAUCGACCCUUUCGAGGUGUCCUACCAGAUUGGUGAGAAGGGGGCUGUGAAAGUGCUGUACGUGGAUGACAGCGAGGGCUGUGUUGCCCCUGAGCUGGACAAGGAGAUCAAGAGCAGCUUCAACCCUGAUGCCCAGGUCUUCGUGCCCAUCGGCAGCCAGGACAGCUCCCUGUCCAACUCCCCAUCCCCGUCCUUUGGCCAGUCACCCAGCCCCACCUUCAUCCCCCGCUCGGCCCAGCCCAUCACUUUUACCACCGCCUCCUUUGCGGCCACCAAGUUUGGCUCCACCAAGAUGAAGAAGGGGGGUGGGGCCGCAGGUGGGGGUGGGGUGGCCAGCGGGGGUGCAGGCGGCCCGCAGCCCCCACAGCAGCAGCCUCGCCUGGCCCGCUCGCCCACCAACAACCUGCUGAAGCAGAAGAGCCUCUCUCUGUCCCUGCAUUCACUGAACUUCAUCACCGCCAACCCAGCCCCUCAGUCCCAGCUCUCACCCAACGCCAAGGAGUUCGUGUACAAUGGCGGCGGCUCGCCCAGCCUCUUCUUUGACGGGGCCGAUGGCCCGGGCAGUGGCUCCCCGGCCUCCUUUGGGGGCAGCGGCGCUGGCACCUGCAACAGCAGCAGCUUCGACGUGGCCCAGGUGUUUGGUGGUGGUGCCAACAGCCUCUUUCUGGAGAAGACACCCUUCGUGGAAGGCCUCAGCUACAACCUGAACACCAUGCAGUAUCCCAGCCAGCCGUUCCAGCCCGUCGUGCUGGCCAACUGACCGCCUACUGCCGCGUGGCCAGGAGCGCCCCAGACCACAGGAAAGAGAGAGGGGAGGAAAGGCCGAGAAGAGAGGAAAGGCAAGAGAACGCAACAAGAUUUCCAGUCUUCUCACUCUAACUUCUAGAAACAAGAUCCAGCCCAGGCAUGGAGUAGGAGGGGGCUUCCGAAGCAGCGGAUCGGGUUUAACUCGCCCCCCCCUGCUGUUUUCCUGCCUGCCUCUAGAUUUAUUUGGUUGGUUUGGGUUUUAUAUUUCUUUUUUUUUUUUUCUUUUUUACAUGUAGUUUUCUAUAUAACAUCUUUAAUUAGUGGCUUCCUGUGCUAAGAAUGGUCCAGAUGUGAAUUGCUGCUCCCUGCUCCCUCCCUCCCUCCCUCCUUCACACGCCUGGUUUAAAGCUAGUGUGUCCAAGCUCACAGGGAAGGAAGAACUGCAGCUGGGGCCCGGCCCUCCUCAGAACAGGGAGAGACUGCCCCGUGUCACUGCCUCCAUCACUCAGCUAUCCUCUGACUCAAAGCCAUCCAACCUCAGCAGGCCUUCUCGGGCCCUACCACCCAAAUAGGUCUGACUCCAGCCCCCGCCCCUGCCCCCUCUCUGGCCUGGGCCUUAGGGAGCUGCCAGCUGGCCACCUGACACCCUCCCCGCUUGAGCUGAUGUCUGUGACUCCAGGGAGGUUAGCAGUCUGUCUGGUGUCCCUUUCAUGUCUGCCCUGUGGCCCCAUGCCACCAUUCCCACCUGGCCCAGACAGUCACCGAGGCCCCGGAACCCCAGCCAUUGGCACAGGCGGCCUCUCCUAUAGCCCCCCCUUUCCUGGGCCUGCGCUGGUGGGCAGGGAGGUGGGGUGAGUGUCGGUGGUGUGCGUGCGUGGUGUGCUGUCCUGUUGUAUGGGAUUCCAAGCCAUGUGAAACUUGGUCUCUGGAUAUGACUCUGGGUUGCAGCAAGUGCUUAUUUAUGUGUGAGGUUGGGGAAAGGGCUGAGGAGGGGCUGUCGGUCCUUCUGUGGUUCACAUGGAGGGUGAGUGUGGCUGAGCCUGACACCCCCAGGGGAAAGCAGUGCAGAAACCACUGGUUUCCCAGCUGCGGAGGGAUCUGCACUUUCGUUUGUUUUUGACCAAAAAAAAAAAAGGUUAGCAGUGAGGGGCUAAGGAGACAUCCAGCCUCUGAUACCUAAGAGGAGAAGUCCCUGGACUCGGACCCUCCUAUUGUGUGACCUCAGCCCAGGGUGGGAACUGCUACCCUGAGUACCUGGGGACGAGGGGAUGGGAGUUUGGGGUCAGCACCUGCGGUGGGCAGUCCUAAGCCUUGAAUUGAGACUUUGAUCUUUGGGCUGUCUUUGUUUUAGUACAUUUCUUCCUCUGCCUGCUGGGGAACCUCUUGGUACCUCCUGCCCUCCCCUCACUGCCCGACCCAGUCCCCCUGGGCCCUGAUGCUCUGAGGACGUGAUGGGCUGGACAGGCGCGUGGCCCCGACCCCACCCCCACCUCUGCUGGAGAGAAGUUGUUUUUUUCGACCCUACCCCAACGGGCUAGCUUUCCACACCAUGACGCUUUGGCAAGUGGGUGUGGGCACCAGGGGCCCCAUCCCCAGAAAGUCCCAAAGCCCUUGGCACGUCCCAGUGACCCCAAGUGGGCAACUGCUGCGGCAGUGGGUCCCGCCCAGACAGACACUGCCAGCCUCCUCUCCCUGCAGUGGGCACCAGCUCUACCUCCCUGAGCAGGGCAACGCCCUGGCUCCUCAGCCCAGCACCAUCUGUCCCCCUAGCCUUCUCAGGGGCCAGCCCGAUCUGGGCCACCCUCUCCCUAGCCCUCAGCUCCUGCACAGGUGACAGGCCCAGGCUGUUCUCUGGGAAAGGUUGGACGCUGCCUUACGCCCCCUCCCAGCCCUUCCCCCACGCCCACGCACACAGGCACCUGCCACACCCGGUCGGCUCAUUCUCACCACGUACAGGGAGGGGGAGACCAACCCCUUAGUGUCUUUUGAAAUAAGAAAAAAAAAAAUGUGUGUUCAGGAGCAUGACUCCUGGGCUGGGCUCUUGGGCCCACUUCAGUGUGUCUGUCUCAAAUCUAGGCAUUUUUGCUUCAAUUUUAUUUUUUUUAAGAAAACAAAACCGAAAUCUGCACUAAUUUACCUGGUUUCGUAGGAAGACUUUUUUUUUUUAUUUUUUACAUUUUUUGGUGUCCGUUUGUAUUGAAUAAUUUGCUACAUUUGUAAAAUGUAAGAGGUAUAUAUAAUAUAUGUAUAUUUCUAACGUAAAAAAAACGUAAUUUUUUUCUUUUCAAGAUUUUUUCUUAAAAAGAGGAGAGAAAGAUAUUUUUUCAGGAAAAACAAACUUUAAAAUAAAAAAAGAGGAGAAUAAAAUCUAUUUCUCCCCUUUCCCCAUCCUCUCUCUGUCUACCCCUCUUUCCCAGGAACAAAUCAAAAGGUGGAUUGUCUUGUAAAGAAUGUAAACUUUUUAGUCCAGAAUGAUGUCUUUUUCUCAAUGCAGUGAGCUGUAGAUUCUCUAGUGUGACCCCUAGGGAUGGGAAGGGGGGCAUUGAGGCAACAUGCAGAGGAGCUUGGGGGAGCAGGGUAAUGAACUUGUUUUCUUUAGUGAAGGACGAAUACAAUCAAGCAUUUUGUAUUCAGAAUGUUGUGCAAUAUUUUGGAAUGGAACAUUGGUGUGUUUAGAGAUUUAGUUUAAAAACAAAAAAAGAUUGAUCAAAUCUGUACAGUUUAUAUUGUUCCAGAUUUUUUUAAGUUUGUAUUAAAAGCAUGAUAUAUAAUAA